ACCACAUGGUGGCGCUGCAGGCUAAAGAAAUGCAAGGGAAAUUAAAGUGAGUCUGCGCUAGAAGUUAAAAAAAAAAAAAAAGCAAAAUUCUGACCGAUGAGAGGGAAAGCUGAGGCUCCUCACAACUGAAGAAGGAAAAAUAUAUCCUAGAUCCUUCCAGCUAGGAGGAACCUCUGAGGUGUAUGACUGCUAGGAGCUGUGGCUGAGACCUGUAGUAAAGAAAGAAGCAGCAAUGGCAGCCAGAGGAUCAUGCAUCUCCAGACAAAGGCAAGUGCUAUUUCUCUUCCUGCUCUGGGGACUGUGUUUGGCAGAUUCUGAGUUUGGACGUUAUUCAGUGACUGAGGAAACAGAAAGGGGAUCAUUUGUGGCGAACCUAGCAAAGGAUCUGGGGCUAGGGGUGGAAGCGCUGGCUGCAAAGAGGACUAGGGUGAUUUCUGAUGAUAACAAACAGCACUUGUUUCUGGAUUCUCACACUGGAGAUUUGCUCACAAACGAGAAACUGGACCGUGAGAAGCUGUGCGGCCCCACAGAGCCCUGCAUGCUGUAUUUCCAAAUUUUAAUGGAUAACCCCUUUCAGAUUUACCGGGCUGAGCUGAGAAUUGUGGAUAUAAAUGAUCACUCACCCAUAUUCCAGGACAAAAAGAUGAUUUUAAAAAUACCAGAAAACACAGCUGUGGGGACAACAUUUCGAUUAGAAAGAGCACAAGACUCAGAUGGCGGACAGAAUGGCAUCCAAAACUACACCAUCAGCCCCAACACUUUUUUUCAUAUUACCACUCGUAACAGUGAUGAAGGAAUGAUAUAUCCAGAGCUUGUGCUAGACAAAGCUCUGGAUUGGGAGGAGCAGCCGGAGUUCAGUCUAACACUCACAGCACUUGAUGGUGGGUCUCCAUCCAGGUCUGGGACAUCCACUAUACAUAUUCUGGUUUUGGACAUCAAUGAUAAUGCACCACAGUUUCCCCAAGAACUGUAUGAAGCCCAGGCUCCAGAAAACAGUCCAGUGGGCCUUAUUGUCAUUAAAGUCACCGGAGAAGAUGUAGACUCUGGAGCCAAUGCAGAAAUAUCCUAUUCGUUUUUUGAUGCUUCUGAAGAUGUUCGAGCAACCUUUCAAAUCAAUCCUUUCUCUGGGGAAAUCACUCUCAAAGCCUUGCUUGACUAUGAGUUCAUAAAGUCCUAUAAGUUAAAUGUACAGGCAGUUGAUGGUGGGGGCCUUUCGGCGAGAUGUACAGUUCUAGUGCAGGUUUUAGACGUUAAUGACAACGCCCCUGAACUGAUCAUGUCAUCACUGGUCAACCAAGUUGUUGAGAACUCACCUGAAACCGUGCUGGCAGUUUUUAGGAUUAAUGACAGAGACUCUGGAGAGAAUGGGAAAAUGGUUUGCCACAUUCAAGAAAAUCUACCUUUCCUUUUAAAACCUUCCAUGGACAAUUUUUACAUCCUAAUGACAGAAGGAGCACUGGACAGAGAGAGCAGAGCUGAGUACAAUAUCACCAUCACUGUCUCCGACCUGGGCAUACCCAGGCUCAAAACCCAACACACCAUAACAGUGCAAGUCUCUGACAUCAAUGACAACGCCCCUGCCUUCAACCAAACCUCAUACACCCUGUUUGUCCGCGAGAACAACAGCCCCGCCCUGCAUAUAGGCACCAUCAGUGCCACAGACUCAGACUCAGGCUCCAAUGCCCACAUCACCUACUCGCUGCUGCCAACCCAAAACCCACAGCUGACCCUCACCUCGCUGGUCUCCAUCAAUGCUGACAACGGGCAACUGUUCGCAAUCAGGGCUCUGGACUAUGAAGCCUUACAGGCCUUCGAGUUCCACGUGGGUGCCACAGACCGAGGCUCACCCGCGCUCAGCAGCCAGGCCCUGGUGCGUGUGGUGGUGCUGGAUGACAAUGACAAUGCGCCCUUCGUGCUUUACCCAAUGCAGAACGCUUCUGCGCCCUACACCGAGCUGCUGCCCAGGACCGCAGAGCCCGGAUAUCUGGUCACCAAGGUAGUGGCUGUGGAUCGCGACUCUGGCCAGAAUGCCUGGCUGUCAUUCCAGCUACUCAAGGCCACGGAGCCCGGGUUGUUCAGCGUGUGGGCUCACAAUGGCGAGGUGCGCACCACCAGGAUGCUGAGCGAGCGCGAUGUGCCCAAGCACAGGCUGCUGCUGCUUGUCAAGGACAAUGGAGAGCCUCCGCGCUCUGCCAGUGUCACACUGCAGGUGCUACUGGUGGAUGGCUUCUCUCAGCCCUACCUGCCUCUGCCUGAUGUGGCGCACAACCCCACUCAAGGGGAAGAGGAUUUGCUCACGCUGUACCUGGUCAUUGCCUUGGCCUCUGUGUCUUCUCUCUUCCUCUUGUCUGUGCUGCUGUUUGUGGGGGUGAGGCUGUGCAGGAGGGCCAGGGCGGCCUCUCUGGGGGGCUGCUCCAUGCCUGAGGGACACUUUCCUGGACACCUUGUGGACGUCAGCGGUACAGGAACACUGUCCCAGAGCUACCAAUAUGAGGUGUGUCUAAUGGGAGGCUCCUCUGGAACCAGUGAUUUCAAGUUCUUGAAACCGAUUUACCCUGAAGUUCAUGCUUAUAGUUCCCAAGGCAAUAGUGAUGAUAAUCCUUCAUUUUGAAUUUUCUCAUUUAAUUUUGAGUAAUGUUUCAUUCCAUUUAAUAUAUAAUACAGCCAUAUGAAUAUUAAUUUAGCUGUAUAGUAGUUGCUACACAGCAAAACUAACUUCGUUUUCAACUUCCAAGUGGGUCACAUUUAGAUUGUUACAGUGUUUUUACUUUAGUAAUUUGGUGGUUGUUUCAUGCUUGGGUUUUUUUGUUUGUCUGUUUGUUUAUGUUUUUUGUUUUCUUUUCUUUCUAGAAGAGUAUUGUCAUUUUAGAUUUGAGGUUUUGAUUCUUUCAUAGUGUAAGAUAACUUGGUUUUAUUUCUCAUUAUAGAAAACUAAGGCUUGAGGUUUCCUUGUUGUUGUUCUGUUUUCUUUUGUUGCUAAAUUUUGUUACUAAUUGACCAAGCCUUUUGCAUGGUAAGAAAAUGUUCCACCAUAGAGCUCUAUCUCCAGCCAGGCAUGCUUUAUACUCACUUUUAAAAGCUGUAUAUUCUUUUAACUUUCAUUGAGUCUGUUUUUGGCAGUUUCAUGCAUCUAUGUUGUGCAUUCUGUUUAUGAUAAUCUCUUGAUUAAUCUCCUUGCAACCCCUAUUACUUCCCUUCCUCCCUUACAAAGCCCUUGGCAUGUUUAUGAUUCUGAGUGUUCUGAUAAUUUUAUGCCAGCAUGCUAAUUAAUGACUUCUGCACACACGGUGUUAUGCUUUGGACUCAUUCAUUCCUAACUCUUGUGUCCCACUUGUUUUCUUCCUUUUUUAAGCAAGUACCCCAUACUGCUUCCUUAACAUGGCUACUUCAUUGCCCUUAUUUCCCAUCAUCCUUAAGAGUUCUUUCUUUUUUAUCUUUUCUGUUUUUCAAACCAGAG